AUGUCUAGAAUCGUUAAGAUAUACCGUACCUUAAGAAAUAACUGGAAGAAGACCGUUUUCUUCUCCGGUUUAGCGUCUUAUGGUGCGAAUUGGGGCUAUGGAAAGUACAUAGAGUUUAAUUUAAUGAAAGAAUUUUCAGAAGAAGCAGUGAAAUAUGGUCAGAUCAAAUUGCCACCGUUUCUUCCAACACGGCAUGUGACUGUCAUUUUGAAUCCAGUUGCUAACAAAAGAAAAUCAAAAGCAGAUUAUGAAAAGUACUGUGCUCCACUAUUCCAUUUAGCUGGUCUCAAAGUUAGCGUCGUCACAACUGAAACUGAAGGACAGGCAAAAGAUUUAACGGAAAUCAUGGACAACACUGACUGUAUUGUGGUGGCUGGUGGUGAUGGAACAGUUCAUGAGGUUCUAACUGGUCUUCUGAGAAGAAACGAUUCGCAUAUUGCAUCAAAGCGGUUCCCCAUUGGCAUUUUACCAGUCGGUAAAAGUAACAGAGUGGCUUACAAGUUGAACAGCGCUUUUAAUGAAAAGGAUAGAAAAGCAAAAAUCUUGGGAGAAUCUUCAAUGGCGGUGGUUCGGCAAGUACUCAGCUACAUCGAUGUUAUGAGGGUAGAAGGUGACCAAGGUCGGCCCGUUUUUACUAUCGGACAGCUGAGCAUUGGCCAAAUUCGAAAUACGAUCAGUAAACUAGAUCAAUAUUGGUACUUUGGACAGACGAUGAAGCCGUACUUGACAUUUUUCUUUCAAUCAUUCAAGAAUCUGGCCGAACUAUGGGACGAAAAGAAACAGGUUGAGGUUUCCUAUACAAAACCUUGUUCUGGUUGCUCAAAAUGCUAUCAACUUUACANGCCAAAUUCGAAAUACGAUCAAAUUCGUAUUUGCAAAAACAAGGAGUUCGAAGGAAACGGCGAGCCUCCAUUUCAAGUUUUGAGCGGGAAAGAUUACAUUAUCAAGUUGCCAGUCGUGGAAAUGCAAAACUCUGAAAUGCCUGAUCAAACUGCAAAGCAGUCCAAUGAGCUUGCAACUCAAAUUGAAGAGCAACAGUUUGCAACAAAAAGCGCCAUUAGCGAAGACAUUUCUGGGAGCUUUGAACUGGCGGGGAAAGCACUCAACAGUCCAAACGCAAUUAAGGAGCUUGACCAGGAAGAACCUGAUGUGAUAAUGGAAACGGAGCCAAGUGCAGACCAGCCUAGUACAGUUUUAGAAGAUGAAGUGGAGCAAAACCAGUGGUUUAGUAUUGACAAUGAAAGCUACGAGUACCAAUCUACCCUUAGAAUCAGCCUUCUUCCGCGAAAAGUGCAAAUCUACCAUAGCAGAUAG